CUCUGAGUCUCAGUUAGCAACCGUGACUCAGAGACCAUGCCACCUGACUGGUCUCUUAUCGCGAAUUCACUCUGGUCCUCAUCCAUACGCACAUUUCCACUCAAAGUCAUCCACUUUGCAGCUCUCACUGCAACUGGCUUAGACCGUAUAUCAUAGUGACCCGAGCCUGACUGGGAGGGCAAGGUACAAACUCACGCGUUCCUCGGUCGUACGAUCGGGAUCUGAGUGAUCGGGACCUGCCGCCGGGUUCAAAGGUUGAUACGAAGUAUGACUUGUUAUCAGUACCGUACGUACAGGGGGCCGCGAUUACUCCGCGAUUCAAAUAUACAUGAACCCAGGCCGACUCGUCUACUCCUUGCCUUCGCUGCCCUACACAUCCCCUGCGUCCUCGCAGCCUACUAGCUGUCUACUACGGCCAUGGCCAACCACGUACCGAGCGAGGAGACAGCUCUCCUCGUACCGCAGAAGCCCGCGGACGCGCAUGCUGCCCUCUACAGUCGCUUCUCGCCCGCACGGAAGCGUGUCAUCCUUGCUCUAGUCUCUUGCGCCGGUAUUGUUCCUCUGUUGGUCACUGGAUCCUUCGUCCCAGCCAUACCGCAACUAGUAAUAGAUAUGCACUCAACACCAUCCGUGAUCAGCCUAACAAUCAACAUUGCCAUGUUCUCAGUGGCAUUCGGGAACCUGGUGUGGGCCUCUUAUUCGGGCUUCUACGGACGUCGCCCUAUCUACCUCUACUCCUUGCCAACUCUAUGUAUAGGUUCGAUCGGCGUCGCAACCUCAACCUCAAUUACUCAGCUACUCGCAUGGCGUGUCUUACAAGCAGUAGGCUGCUCUAGCGGCAUGAGCGUAGGAGCAGCAGUCGUCGGUGACCUUUAUGCGCUCGAAGAACGCGGGGGCGCAAUGGGUAUAUUCUUUGGCGCUGCCCUCAUAGGGCCCGCAAUAGCGCCAUUUCUCGGAGGCUUGUCCGUGCACUUCGCUAGCUGGCGCGCACUGCAUAUGAUCUUUGCCCUCCUCAGCGUCUUCAUGUUCAUCGUCAUGUACUACUUGCUCCCGGAAACAUCACAUCCGGGCACCCGCGGAGCGGACCACAAGUUCGGCGAGGAGAAGUGGAGAUGGCACUGGCUCAACCCGCUCAAGAGCCUGACAUUGUUGAGGGCACCCAACUUGCUCGUGGUGACGCUUGCCACCACGGUAGUGCUUAUGACCGAUUUCGUCAUGAGCAUCCCUCUGGCAUACACCCUAGGCAAGCGAUACAACAUCACGAACGAAGCCUUAGUCGGUCUCCUCUUCCUCCCAGUAGGAAUCGGCAACAUCAUCGGCGCGCCUUUGGCCGGCAAGCUCUCUGACAUGACGGUCGUACGGUGGCGCGCGAAACGCAAGGGCGUCUGGGUACCCGAGGACCGCCUGCGCGCAUCUCUCCUCGGGUCUGUCCUCGCGCCGGCGAGCACCCUGGCCUGCGGGCUCCUUACGGAGUUCGUCCCCGGAAGAUUAGGGAUCGCACUCAAUGUGGUCGCGCUGUUCAUUAACGGGAUCGGCGUGGACCUCGCGCUCAGCCCUGCGUCCGCAUACAACGUCGAUGUGCUGCACUCGCGAAGUGCGGAGGUCAUGUCGGCGUGCAACGCACUGCGGUCAAUGUUGAUGGCCAUCAUGACGACCGCAAUCUUACCCUCGCUUGAAAACUUCGGACUCGUAUGGACGAACCUGGCUGCGACGGUCCUCGGAUGGACAGGACUAUUGAUGCUCCUCGUCACAAUCCGGUAUGGUGAUCGUAUGCGCGCCUCCGUGAACAUCGAAUGGUCCACAGCACGCGAUAACUGAAAACAUGCAUUGCAUGACUUUGAGUCUUGAGAUCUACUUGGAGAGCGAUAGAUUUGUAUUGGUAGUACAUGACUGAUGGUCUGACGAACAUGACGGAAGCCCGAGAGCGAUGCAUGUCACAGAUUGCUCAACGCUCAUUUGAUGCAGUAUCAAGACUAGAUCAACACUGUUGAUAGGAUGGACACUGGCACAAGACAAGAGGCCUGACAUGCAAGACCCGUUCUCGAGUGCGAUCAGACAGAACGGGGGCAACAUAGAUAUAGCUUAGACAGACAUGGACAGAUGAUGUGCUUACGAUCUCCAGUAUGCUGAUGGCCAAUAAAUGUCGU